CUCUCUCUCUCUCUCUCUCUCUCUUCCCACUCUCUCCUGCAUAGCUAAGCUAUAGUAGCUAACAGUAGCAGCAGCUGUAUUCUUCUGGUUCUUGCUCUUGUUCUUCUUCUUCUUCUCCACCUGCGAUUGAUUCGGCCUCUGAAAAUCGAUCAUGGAAUUCGGGUUCGGCGGCGGCGAGGUCAUCACGCAGGGCGGGUCGUCGUCGCCGGCGGGAUGGAUUCCGGUGAGCUCGUCGUCGUCGUCUAGAAUCGGAGCAUCUGUCGCCUGUCUCUUGGCUGAGCUCUAGUGGUGUCCUGCCUGUUGCUGCUGCUUCUUCUUCUUCCUUCUCCUAGGUGUUCUUCACUUCUUCUCCGUUGCUGAGUUCUGCCAAGAAACCAACCAAUUUUGACAGCAUGUGCCAUGGAAGUAGCUAAUCUUCAGUGACACGAAGAAUGGAUCCCCAGAUUUUUGUCAGACUUUCAGUUGGACAGCUUGGUCUGAAACUCCCCGGUGCGAAUGCGAGGAAGGCGGCCCGGAGCUUCCACUGCGAGAUCCGGCUCCGAGGAUUCCCUGUCCAGAUAGCUCCUGUCCCUCUGAUCAAUUAUUCAGAGUUCAACCUUGAUCCACACACCAAUGCCGCCGUCUUCUCCCUCGACGAAUCUGAACUGAAGGCGCUGUCGGCACCGGGGUGUUUCGGAGCUCAUGGGUCUUACCUCGAGGUCGCGGUGUACGUUGGCCGGCGUGGCGGGCAUUGUGGCAUUGUCACCGGGAUGAAGAGGCUGGUUGGGGUGGUCAGGAUGGACAUUGGGCCUGAGUGGCGCGACGGCAAGCCGGUGAUGCUUCACCAUGGCUGGGUUGGCAUUGGCAACGGUGAGGCCAAGCCGGAGCUGCACUUGAGGGUGAAGAUGGAGGCUGAUCCCCGGUACAUCUUUGAGUUCGACGACGAGGUCGCGCUGAAUCCGCAGGUUGUCCAGCUCCAUGGCCGCAACCGGCAGCCCAUCUUCAGCUGCAAGUUCAUCCGCGACAGACGUGGAUCACAUUCGGAUCAGCUGUACUGGUCGAGCUCCGGCGGCGAGGAGAAGGAGGCGGAGAUGAUGAGGAGGAGGGAGAGGAAGGGGUGGAAGGUGGUGAUCCAUGACCUGUCCGGCUCCGCCGUCGCCGCGGCGUUCAUGGCGACGCCGUUCGUGGCGGCGAGCGGCUGCGACACGGUGGCGCGGUCCAACCCUGGCGCGUGGCUGAUCGCGCGCGCCGGCGCGACGGCGCCGGGGUCGACGUCGUCGUCGGCGGCGGUGGAGAGCUGGCAGCCGUGGGGGCGGCUGGAGGCGUGGCGGGAUCAGGGCGGCGCGGCGAGGCAGGACACGGUGUGCCUCCGGCUGCGGCUCCUCCCCGACGGCCAGGACGCGUGCAUGCUGGUGGCCGAGACGCCGCUCCGCAGCGACAGGGGCGGGGAGUUCGCCAUCGACAUGGACAGGCAGGCGCCGGCGCUGGCCGCCGGGGCGGAGCACUGCGCGGCGAGCCUGGGCGAGGCGUGCGCCGGCGGCGGGUUCGUGAUGAGCUGCCGCGUGGAGGGGGAGUCCCGGAGCAGCAGGCCGCUCGUGCAGCUCGCCAUGCGCCACGUCACGUGCAUGGAGGACGCCGCCAUGUUCGUGGCGCUCGCCGCCGCCGUCGACCUCAGCGUCAAGGCGUGCCGGCCGUUCCGGAGGAAGACGACGGCGACCAAGAAGACGGCCUCUGCCUCAUCGUCCCCUGAUCCCCUCGAGCUCGACACGUAGCCGAUGCAUCCAUGUCCUACUAGUCUUCGUCGUCGUCUUCUUCCUCGCACAGCUGGCGAAGCACCGAUGGAUCGAGCACCCAUGGCGGCCAUCAAAAUCCUUCUGUAAAUUCACUUUGAAAGAAUUGGACACUCCCUUUUCCGUUCGUUCAAACUUUGUUGUAUGAAUUUUGUAGAGUUCACUAAAAUCCAACCCUGAAUCUGCGCCUCAUUCGAGCAAUUUUGAGAAAUUCCAAGUCGCUUCCA